GUAAAAUUAAAUUACUAAAAUAAAGAAUCUAAAUAAAUAAAUACUGAAAUGAGCAAUAAAUUAUUUUUGUCUGCCAUUCUUUUCCUUGGAUUACUUGUUGGAACAGUCUAUUCUUAAGUUAGCCUUGAGCUUCAAGUCUAAACCUUAGACUCUUACUAAACAAAGAACACUUACAUAUUAGCUGCUAAAGGUGUUUUUGGUGGUAACUAAAAUAGCGAUAAGGACAGUUGCUCUGAAAGCUUUACCAUAUAAACUAAUCAAAAUUAAUUUUCUUAAACUGAUAUGGUUCUUCCAAAUGCUAGAAGGUGUGGUGAUGUAUCAAAUGUAAGCCUUUCAGGUUAUACAACUGAAUUAGGUCUAGGUGGUGUUGAAAUACCUGUUUAUCUUCGCUACGGUUAAGGAACUCCUAUAUUUGAUUUCUCUGAUUCAGAUUCAAAUAUUCCAAACCUACUUUAUACUCUAAACAAAGUAAAGAAUCCUGUCUUUUACUUUAAUCUUAAAAAUAAUGUUUAACUCGUAAAUGGAUUUAAACCUAAAAGCUUCUUAUACAUUGGCGAUAGUGAAAGUACAACUGCUUAAUAAGGUACUGAAGUAAUUGUUUUACCUAAAUUAGGAAAUGGAGGAUGGUAAUUACCCUUGAAAAAUAUUAACUUUUAAGGUAAAUCUUAUUAGGUGUCUGAUGAAUAACCCUUUUUAAUUUCUUCUUACGACUCAAUCGGUUUAGGCUAAUAAGGAUAUUAAGAAUUCUUGAAGCCUCUUGUAUAAAAAAAAGCUAUCAUCUAAAAUAAGAAGCUUGGAUACGUUUCUAUAAAUAAAAAUUUCCUUAACGAUCUUCCUAACAUAACUUUAUAAGUUGAAGACAUAAAUGGAGUUUUAUAAAAUUUAAAUAUACCUUCACAAAAUUAUGUUCUUAAAGUGAAUGAUGAAUAUAUCCUAAAGGUUGACGAUUCAAACUAAGUAGGAUAUCCUUUAUACUACAACUAUUUAAUUGGUUUUGAUAGAAAUGGUAAAUAAUUCUUAUUUUAACAAAAGUAAGAUUCUUUGAAUGCUUCAUCUUUCUGA